GAAAGCAGCGGUCUCGAGAUCCAUACGUUGAGAAAUCAGUGUGGAUGGUGGAAGCGCAUCUCUCUGCGCUCUCCUGUUAAGAUCCAAGAAGUCAAGAUGCACGCUAUCAGUGUACAUAGGAAUAAAGAAGUCGAAGUCAUGUUACUUCCAAUGGAUCAUUCCAUGGAGAUGGAGAACAUGCAGAGAAUACUAGAAGACUGGUCUUCUAAGAGCGAAGAAUGCGACGCUGGGUACAACGAAGACGGCACAUUUCGAGCUUGCCCGCUCGGCGACUCCUGUCCUAAUACUUUGAUGGAUGACUUGAACGAUUCCUUCUGCUCCCAAGAGCGGCACCACCAACUAAGGGCGCGAUUGAAGAAUUUCCAGCUCAGACAGCCAAUGCUCGAUUUUUAUUGGAAUUCGAAAGGAAAGAGUGACUGUCAAAAUUUUCUGGAAAAAUCCAACUUGGUCACUCGCUAUAAGGAUCUAAAAUCAUGCCACUAUAUUGACGCGGCAAUUCGUUAUGGGGAUAUUUCCCUUGGCGAAAGCAUUCCUGCACUUUUGCUUAUUGAUGGAUGGGAUGUCUCCCGCCUGCUAAUUCUCAUUGGCUUUGCCAUAUUUAUUGCUAUCAUCGUCACGGCAAUCGGAACUGCGGCUGGACAUGAUAUCGAUACUGGUUUAACAGCGGGAAGCUAUGCCUUUGGAGCGGUAGCAGUUGUGCUCGCUACUUUGACCUUUUUCAGUGCAAUUCUCUAA